GAAGCUGUUGGUGUUGCUGUUGUUGCCCCUCAAAUUUUCUAUUCACUUUCUUCCUACCCAGGAAAUAAUUAAAUAAGUAAUCUCACUCCUCCUUACACACUCUCUCUCUUCUCGCAGCUAUACGCACACAAGAUAUAGAGAGAGAAAGGAACAGUGCGUAUAUGCAUACAUAUAGAGAGAGAAACACAGGAGUUAUGGCGUUAUGGCCACAGGCUAAAGAAAGAGCAAGCAAGAACUUAUCUUUACAUCUUCCUUGCCAUUUCUCUCUCAUUUCUACAACUGGGCUUUCGGUAUAAUGAUCAAACAGUGGAUAAUUCACUCCGUUUCUGCAUUGUUUCGCUGAGUCCAGCCGGAGCCCACUUGAAUUUCCCUCACUACCACGGGCGUUCUCUCUGCUUUGGCCUUUCUUAGCUCGAAACUCGAAGUGGGCACUUGGAGUUUGUAGCGCAUUUGUGGUAUUUGGGUGGAAUGGUAGUUUUCCAGCGCAGGUCGCCGGAGCUCCGGUGACUUUCCGAACAGAGCUUCCGUGGGUGCCGGUGAAAAGUGGGGAGAGUAAUGUGUGGUUGAGCGUUGAGUAGUAAAUAUGUUCAAGCCGGCGCGGUGGUGGAGUGAGAAAAACAAAGUUAAAGCUGUUUUCAAGUUGCAGUUUCAUGCAUCUCAGGUGACUCAGAUUGGAGGGGAUGGAUUGAUGAUAUCUGUUGUAAAAUCAGACAAGGCUGCAGUUCGAAAUGGGAGUUGUCUGUGGGAGAAUCCCGUGUAUGAAACUGUAAGGCUCAAUCAGGAUCCGAAAUCAGGGAAGAUUCACGAGAGGAUAUACUACUUUGUCGUAGGAACGGGGUUGUCGAAAGCUGGAGUUGUUGGAGAAGCUUCUAUUGAUCUCUCAAACUAUGCCGAGGCAAAUAAGGUCUCGCUGGUGUCUCUUCCACUCAAGAAAUCGAAAACAGACGCCAUACUUCAUGUAUCAAUACAGAGGAUACAGGAAUCCAUGGAUCAGAGAGUUGAAGAAAGUGAAAACGCAAAAUUUUACACGGACGAUCAUGGCUUGAAGUCAGAGUUAGGCAACCACGAUGCAGACGGAACCAUCACGAGCAUUUCUGUUGAAGAUGCGCUGGUUAAUAAGACUGUUUCUAGUGCUGAAUUGAAUGUGAAUGGCCGUGCAUCUAGUGGAUCUGACGUUACGAUAUCGAGUUCUGAGGGCAGCUCUGGGAUUGAAACGCCAUGGGAGCUGCAGAUAAAGGAUGAUGACAUUCAUCGUGAGGCGAAAUGUGAUGUGGCUACACCAAUGUUCGAAGAGCAUAGGAGAUCGUGGGAGUGGCUGGCAAAUUCGGCCCUUGAGGCUAGUACGGAUGACUCGUCGAGCACCCCAAGAGAAGCUUUUCUAAGGCAGCAAUCUGAAGAGGCUCCGGAUAUUGUGAUCGAGAAGCUGAAAUCUGAUCUUGCUGCUUUAUCCAGGCAAGCAGAGUUGUCGGAGUUGGAACUCCAGACACUUCGUAAACAGAUUGUGAAAGAGAGCAAACGGGGGCAGGAUCUCGGGAAAGAGAUUGUUUGCUUGAAGGAAGAAAGAGAUGCUUUGAAGGGAGAAUGUGAGCGACUCAAAGCCUUCCAGAGACGUACAGAAGGAGUGGAGUCUCGGGCUAUUGUUGAAGAACUCAGGCAAGAACUUAAUCAUGCAAAAGAAAUGAAUGCGAAUCUCCGGAUUCAGCUCCAGAAGACCCAAGAAUCGAAUUCUGAGCUAAUUCUUGCCGUGCAAGAGCUUGAUGAGAUGCUGGAACAGAAAAAUCAGGAAAUGUCGAACUCUUCCAGUGGAUCUUUGGCGAAAGAUGUCGUUGAAAAGUCACGAGAAUCGAGCGCUACAUUUCAACUGGAUGAUGACGAUGAUGACGAAGAACAGAAGGCACUGGAAGAGCUCGUGAAGGACCACAGUGAUUCUAAGGAAGCAUAUUUACUAGAACAACAGAUCAUUGACCUGCACAGCGAAAUAGAAAUCUACAAGAGAGAGAAAGAUGAGUUAGAGAUGCAAAUGGAGCAGCUUGCCCUUGAUUAUGAAAUCACGAAGCAGGAAAAUCAUGAGAUGUUGUAUAAGCUGGAGCAGAUCCAAAUUCAGGAACAACUUAAAAUGCAGUAUGAAUGUUCAUCCUCUGAUGCUGCUACCCAUGAACUCGAAAUACAGAUGGAAAACCUGGAGAACGAACUCAAACAACGAUCCAAAGAAUACGUGGAUUCGUUGGAAGCGAUAAGUGAACUUGAAGCUCGUGCCAAGAGCUUAGAGGAAGAACUCGAGAAGCAGGCACGUGGAUUUGAAGCCGAUCUUGAAGCUCUUACAUGCUCCAAGGUUGAGCAGGAACAAAGAGCGAUAAGAGCUGAGGAAUCAUUGAAAAAGAUGCGGUGGAAAAAUGCUAACAUGGCAGAGCGGCUUCAGGACGAAUUUCGAAAGCUCUCAGUGCAGAUGCAAUCUACGUUUGAAGCCAAUGAGAAACUAGCGACGAAAGCUAUGGCUGAAGCAAACGACCUCCGUCUACAGAAAAGUCAUCUUGAGGAAAUGCUCCGAAAAACUUCUGAAGAACACCAAUCAGUCGAGGGCCACUACGAGACGAGAUUGCAUGAACUUACCAGCCAAGUGAUAUCUCUGACAAAUCAAAUAGAACAGAUGCAUUCAGAAAUUGAAGACAGAAACAUGCAGCUGGAACAUGAGAAAAAGCAUGCUGAAGAAACUCACAGGCUUCUCUCGAAUGAAAUUUCAGUGCUCCAUGAAGAGAUAGAAAUGCACGUCGCUAAGAAUAAAAUUAUGCUAGAGGACAUGAGAAGUAAGGAAAUUUUGAAGCGUGAACUAGAACAAAUGAGAAUGUCAAUUAAGGAAAUGGAGUUGCUCGUGGAGCAAGGUAACGACGAAAGAAUUGAACUGGAAAACAGGGUCAGUUUCAUGAAGAAUGAAGCUGAAGAAACACACAAGGAAUUAAAUAAACUGAGAUGUCUUGUGAAAGAAAAAGAAUUAAUGGUUGAGAAUCUGCAGUCGGAGUUAGACUCUCUUCAAGCUCAGUGUGCGGAGUUGAAACAUUCUCUGUUAGAUGACGGGCAGGAGAAAGAGAAAUUACGGAAGCAAGUGUCUCAUCUAAAGAGCGAUCUGAAGAAGAGAGAAGAUACAAUCAAGAACAUGGAGAAGAAGAUAAAGGAUGGCAGCAGCCGAGGCACAAACCUUGACAUAACGAAAGCUACUUCAAAAGCCAGCAAGUCCCUUCCUAAUGCAUCAAAAGAGGUUGCGAUUCUCAAGGAGACAAUAAAGUUUCUUGAGGGUCAAAUCAAGUUGAAGGAAACUGCUCUGGAAACAUCAGCUAAUACAUUCCUAGAGAAGGAAAAUGAUCUUCGUAACAGGAUCGAGGAGUUAGAGGGAAGAUUGGAAGUACUCAACCAAAUCAGUGCCCGGUUUCGUGUGAACAAUGAAGUCGACCAGCUAGAUGCAGCUGUGGAUGAACAAGCAGGAAACAGUAAGGAAAAAUCAAGCACUACGAGCAAGAUCUCGGACAUAAAUGAUUGUGCAGCCUUAUCAAUGAAGAGCAAAGAUUUAACUGAAGCACUCAAAGGUUCUUCAAAUAACACUAGAGACCUUAACGAACUAAGCAACGAAAUCACAUUACUGAAAGAGAGGAACAAAUCAAUGGAAGGAGAACUGAAGGAAAUGCAGGAGAGGUAUUCGGAGAUCAGCUUGAAAUUUGCCGAGGUAGAGGGUGAACGAGAACAACUUGUCAUGAAACUACGCAGCCUCAAGAAUGGAAAAUAAGAGUUCGGAAAGUCCCACAAACUGGUCGGAUCCAGCAUACCAGUAAGUUAAGCAGAGCAUUUGCAGAGUACACGAAACAUAUAUUUUGUACAUUACUAUAAUAUGUUUCUUCUUUCCUUGGUGCGUUCUUGAUUCCUUCAUUUCAUCGGAUGUAACACGAAAUCAAAAGGUGGUUUCUCCGUGUAGGAGAGGCGCAUGAACACCCGAUUCUUUUAUUAUUUUCUUUUGUUCUGUAAUAUCUGUAACGUUGUUUGUGAUUAUAUAUAUGUAGAUUCUUUGUUUUUUCUUC